AUGAACUCACGGGAGCGCGAUCCAAUGCCAAACAGCUUCUGCACCGCGCAAGGAGCACGCGCACGGGACCGAGGUCAGAGCACGAUGUCGAACACGCGCAACGCAAACACCCGUGCCACUGUGUCUUUGCAUCACAACUUCACACUGGCCGGCGUGGAUGGGCACGACGGAGGGAUUGCGAGCCUCACCAGCGACACUGCCCAGACAUCGGCAUCUUGCUGGGAUUUAGAUCCCUGUCAGUGUUCUGUGGUGCCCCCGGGCUUCCUAUACGCUGGGCUUGUGGACGGCUGUAUUGGCAUCUGGUCUGCUAAUGGCACCCCCCUGGCUGAGCUCUCCGGACACACGGCGCCGGUAACAUUGACCCGCUGCCUCAGUACCUUUGGUCGGGAAGAUGAGCCACAAGCGGAGCUCUUCAAUGCACAAGACGCGCAGGAUCUUGCGUCUGCAUCCAUGGACGGCACGAUUCGAAUAUGGCAUACAGGCGUCGGGUUCGGCAUGGACGGCGAAGGCAAGGGCUAUUGCAUAUGCGUUCUAGAGCUGGGAAUACGGAACCCUGUGGCGGACAUGACGCUUCUUUCGCCAGCUGAAGCAGCGGUUGCCACGUGGGAUGGUCAAAUUCGUGUCAUCGACCUUCGGGACCGAGUCUGCUGCAAGGCCGUGCAGGUCACCAAAAGUCAGGUCAGAUCCCUGUGCAAGUGGCGCCAAAAGGGGGACAGCGACUGGCAGUUUUUCAUAGGCACAGACGAUGGUGUCAUCUCUUGCUGGGCGCCUUCUGGCGCUACCCCGCCGGGUCUUUCUGGCACUAUGAGCCUGGGGGGCGUUUCCGGCAUGAUGCACCAGCGCCUAUCUUGGCAAGCGCAUACCAGCCACGUGGUGGGCUUGUGUACCUGCCAGGACUGGUUGCUCAGCCUUUGUGAUGACAAGCUCGUGCGCGUUUGGGACGCCAGCUCUGGACGCAUACUGGCAGAUUUCUGGGGCCACGCUGCAGGGCCGGUGUCGGCAUGCCUUGCUUGGAACGAGAAGCUGCUUUGGACGGGUUCGCGGGAUGCCACGCUGCGUUCAUGGGACGUCGAGGAGCUGCGGCGCCAAGUUCUGGAAGGGUCAGCUAUGGAGGCCUGCGACGCCGAGUCCUUCCACUACGAGGUGACCUUCUCCCGCCUCACGGCCAAGCAGUUGAAGAAGAUGGCGCAAGCAAGAAAUGGGAAGUCACCAAAGAAGAACAAGGGGCGCGCUCGCUAA